UUAAACUCACGACUUUCCAGCUCAACAAUCUCUCGCACUCUAGAAUGCAUUGGCCGGCAGUUCUUCUCAUCUCAGCUAAAAUCACAUGCACCCCUGGCCUACGCCAGAAAAACAUGGCUGACCAUUCUAUCGGUAUCUGGUGACGUGAACCACUAGACCGACCCACCUAUACUUAUGUAUAAGCCUUCCAUGGCUGCUGUGUUGCGCCUCUUUUCGUCGAUUCCAGUCGGAUCUUGACCUAUGCACCGCCAAAAUGCCGGAUGAUCGUAGUAUCCAGGCGUCCAGGUUGCAAGUCCUGAUCGUCGGCGGCAGUCUAGGAGGCCUUGCGACUGCUAUAGCCCUGAGGUCCCAAGGCCAUGUUGUCACGAUAUACGAGCAAGCCGGCUUCAACGACACUCGUGGCGCCGGUAUCACACUUUUCCCAAAUGCUUUAUCUGCCCUUCGAGACCUAGACGUGGAGCUCAGUACCAUUCGGGCCUCCAAAGUCAAACAGGUUAGCCCUCUGUCCUCGACCCCGAAGACUCUCUCUCACCCGGUGGUCCAGAUCACUCGAACGAACCUCGAUGAAGGCUGUGAGGCUCCGAAAACUGUCAACGUCAAGCUUGACGAAAGCAGUUGGGUAAGGUCUUCAGAGGAAGCUCCUCAGACACCUUGUUGACAAUUGAAUAGAUGUGGCACAAUGCCACAUAUCACGACAUCCUAAUCGCCCUGCGCCAGAAGCUCAACGAUCCCAAAUCACCUGGACCAAAAGCUGAAGUUCGGACGUGUGCACAAGUCGUCAAGGUUGACCCAUCACAUGGUGUCAUAUUCUUCGCAGAUGGAUCACAGGCACAUGGUCACAUAAUCAUCGGUGCUGAUGGCGUGCAUUCUGUCUGUCGACCAUAUAUCCCUCAGGGCAAUAAUCAACGGUUUCGUAUCCAGCGAGGGGUGUUCCGGGCGCUCAUUCCCAGAGAGACACUUCUUGCUGACCCCAAAACAUCCAAGUUCGUUGAGCAGUUGGGACACGCAAUCUGCUACAACCUAGAGGAGAGAAGUUUACUGGUGUUCCCGGCAUCCGAACACGAGAACAUCUGUGUGAAAUUGUUGUAUGAUGAUCAUAAAGGAUUCAAAAGCCUCUGCAAAGACUGGAGAGAGCCGUCGAGCAGAACCAAAAUGCUUCGGAUCGCAGCUGGACUCCCGGAAGAAUGCAUCGCGCUUUUGGAAAAGAUCGAGGCCCAGAACCUGCAAGAUCAGCCUAUAUGGGACAUGGACCCUCUCAGCAACUUUCAUUCUCACCGUCUUGUACUGAUGGGUGACGCUGCACACCCCAUGCCCCCUUAUUGCGGCCAGCGUGUUGCAAUGGCUAUUGAGGACGCCAUCGCGCUGGGCACUGUACUAGACCCAGAGGUCAGAUUGGAAGAAUUGGAGGAGCGCUUCAAGCUUUAUUCCACCACGCGCAGCACACGGGCCGCUGCGGUCCAGCAAUUUGUCAGAGGGUUGAGUGAGUUGGACAUGUGGGGUGGCACAAGCGGAUUCGAUGCCACUGCAUUUCGAACAUAUAUAUUGGGACACAAUGAGAGGGACCACAUGACCCAGGCUCUGAGUUACUGGAAAAUGCAAAAGUCACUGCAGCAAGAUAUCAGCAAGGUUGCGUCCAACGUCACCAAGCCAACUAACAGAACUCCGGACAAUACUCCUCAACCUAAGAUUGCACCUGUGCGGAGGAAGUCUUGGUUCUCAAAAUUCUUGCCUUCAAAGCAGCGUCCUAUUGUUGCACUUGUGGGAACAUGAUGACGAGGGGUUAUUGUAAGAUAGGUUAUGGUUGAUUUUGAGAUCUUGAGGCUAGACUUCGAGCAUGUAUGAUAUGUUCUGUAUUGGCCCAGGGAGAUAUGGCUUUGAUUGAGGAAGGAUAUACUCUCGGCCUAAUGGAUGCGGCAAGGUGCAUAUUUUGUGCGUCGGUGUUCUAAUGAUGAUAAAAUUGAUAGACCGUCGUUCCAAUGGUCUUUGCUAGACCUGGCGGCAUCCUCACUGGCCUCUUACUUUUGGUGAACAUUGCGCAGGUAUUGAUCCCUACGAAGAUAGGCUCCUAGCAGAGCUUGAGCAGAGCUUGCGCAGCUAGAAAGGGGGUCAGCAGCCACAACACAAGGUAUUGGUCAGAGAUACUCUUCAGGACUGGUAUACUCGUCAGGACUGUGACUUAUACCAUCACGACACCUAGCAAAAAUCAUGGCUGUGG